UUCCGGUCACGGUCACGGUGGGCGGCUGUUUGCCCGUUGCCAGGGUGACCGAGGAAAGGAAGUUUUAAUCAAAGAUCCUAUAGCGAUCGGAUCUUUGGUUUUAAUGUGCUGGCUUCGUGGCUGCUGCUGAAGACUGGUCUUUAAAUCAAAGAGCCAGGGGAAGAGUUUCCGCGUCCAUAUUACGGGAGAAGAAACAAGUCAUGGCGUCUCCGUGUCGGCGAGGGGGGUGUUGCAGGGAGAUAAAGGGCCCAACGCCAUGCUCUGUGGCUGUGGUGGAAAAAUAUUCAGGUAUCAGAUCUCAAUCCAAAAUGGUAAAAGAGACCGAGCAAGACUUAAAGUGUGACACAUAUAAACAGUUUGUAGAAGACUUUGAAGUAUGCAGACGCAGGAAUAUUCUUGCCGUGGAAGAUGAACGUAAAGAGUUGCUGUGCAGAAUUAAAAACAACCUCAAAAAGGCAAUGGUAUUUUAUGUAGCGCAUAUAGAAGAAAGAAGAGAAAGGCUGCGUGAACUUCUGGAAGCUGAAGAGAAAGAAUAUAUGAACCAACUUAAUCUUUUGGGAGAAACACGUUUGGAGAAACAAGCAAAAAUGAGGCAACAAGUGAAAGAUCUUAAGAUACGAAGGGAAUGUGAUCGACAACGAUUGAUUGCAGAAAAGCUUGAUCAACAAUUCCGGGAACAGUGCGAGGAGCUGCGAAUAAAACUAUCUCAUCAACAAGUGCAAGAGCUGCCCAAGGACUGGCAGGCACAAAGAGAAUUCAAGAAGAGGCUCCACAAUCAGCAGAAGGAAGAGGAUUAUGUCUUUGAUGAACUCUGGGAGAAGGACCGAAUUGCAAAAGAGGAGAGGGCAGAAAAAGAAAUGAGAGAGCAACAUGAAAAACGUCAAGCCGUCGUGGCUGGUCAAUUGGAGCAAAUCGCAGAAGCUGAUGCUAAACGCAUGGAUCAGAAGCAAUGGAAAAAGCAAGAGGGAGAGUUGAUGAAAGAAACACAACGUCUUUCAAAGUUGGAAGAUGAGUGGCAUGCGAGGGAGAAAAUUCAGAAACAGAAGGAACUCCGUGAUACUUUGGACACUUCAAUGGCAUUGAAGGCAAAGCGAGUUGCGAAAGAGCAGGAGGAGGAGCAUGCACUUGAUUUAAAGUUAAGGGAUGAAGCACUGAAGGAAGUUGCUGAUGAUGUCCAGGCACAGAUGCAGAAGAAGAUGGAUCUAAAGAGAGAACAGCAGCUGUACCGAAAUUACUUGACCCAGAGGGCAGACAAUGAAAAGCUCCAGGAAGAAGAAACAAACCGGCUGAUUGAGGCAGAGAUGGAGAAAACAAUCGCCAAACGCAAUGAACAGAAUCGCUUAAAGAAAGAGGCUCAAGAUUCCCUCUUGAAGGAAGUGGUGGAAACACGCAAGCUUCAGGUUCAAGAGAAAUUGGAGAAAAAUACGAAGUCGCCACAACAACUGGCAGACGAGCGAGCGAAAUUGGAUGCAUUUGUUGAAGAUCAAAAACAAGUGGAAGAUGAGAAACUGGCCAGAGAGAACCAAAUAAAGAAAGAGUUUCAGCAGGACCUCCUGGGUCAGAUCAAUUACCAAAAACAGCAACGUGAGAGGGAGAAAAUGGAAAAACAGCGAGAAGAUGAGGCAGGAAUAUUGCAAGAGGAAGCUUACCUGAAGAAACUUCAGGAAGCCCUUUCUAAACCUGAGGAUGAUGCUGAGAAAAUCCAUCCUUGGAGGAGGAAACAUUGUCCCGUUCCCAAAGAAGUGUGUUAGAUUUAUUACUGGAACAUGAUGGAUGAAUGCUACAGUUGUUUGAUUUAUCAGAAUAUUUGAGUGGUUUUUAAUACUGAGUAGAGGAUCUUAAAAGUUUUCAUAAUGUAUGAUGCAGCGAAGAAUAUGUUCGGUCUCUGUAUACCUUUACGAAUGUUGUAAUUUUCGGUAAUUAAAGUGUUGAUCCAGAAAAUA